AUGCCUGUGUGGGCGUGUCCGGGGCGUGGUGUGUAUGUGUGUUCUUGCUGUACAUUCAGUGUGGACAGUGGAUGUAUUCCGUGGCCUAUGAGUGUGGAUGUGGGCGUGGAUGUGUAUGGUUGCGGUUCUUAUCUCAUCUACACGGCCCGGAACGUCUCCUCACCGCACACAUCGGACUCGGAGACCGAGCGCGGUCUGGGUCACCCGAUCAGCCGUCAUCUCUUUACAAAUCGUAGGCGCGGAUCCCCAGACAGCGUUAUGAAUAGAAGGGCUAUUAUCUCACGAUCUAGAGGAAGCAACAGGAUGCGUGGUAAAUCAGUGGUGUGGGACCACUUCAACUGCGAGGAUGAAGAGGGACAAGCAACCUCACCAACCGGUGGCAAGUGCCGUCCUGCUGCCUACUGCAGUUACUGCAAUCUCAAGUACACGUUCCCGAAUGCCACCAAGAUGAUGCGACACUUGCUGAAAUGUUCUCUUUGCCCGGAUGCCACCAAGCGUGAGUUGGAACAGAGCGGGUUUGGUGAAUACCGGAUCGAUCACAACGGUAGCUCCAUGAACAAUUCACAUGAUGAUGAUCUCCAUGCGGCACCUCCCUCUAUGGUUCGACCGAUGAUUCAUCCAGUGUAUGUGGAGAACGAGAGUCCAACGCCAGGGACGUCGGCAUUGUCACCGCACACGGGGCUCCUUGUCGUUCCCAAUCCGCAACAUCGGAACGACCAUCAUGAGAUUAGGACUGGCCGUCUCAGCGGAGAUUCUAAUAGGAUGGAAGACCAGGAGCAGUUCUCGCCGACAGACAGGGCUCUAGCAAGAGCGAUAUUCUCAUCAGACGUUUCGCUAGAUAUUGUAGAGAAUGUUCAUUGGCUAGAGCUGUUUCGCCAUCUUCAACCAAACUAUGCCUUACCGUCCAAAGAAGCUCUCACUGGGAGACUGCUCGAUGAGGAAUACAUGGUGACAUUCGAUAAGGUAUCAACCGAAAUCAGCAAAGCAAAGUUCGCUGCUGUGUUGGUGCAAAGUAACCACGUUAAUAGCAGGGUUGACCUCCACGCGGAAAGACAGAGCAGGCUUUACAUAACCACACCAAAGCCUUUGUUUGUUGGAUGCAUGGAAGCUGAACAACAGCAGAACUCGUCCGUCAUUGCCGAAGUAAUCUCGGGCGUCAUCGCCAAAACUGGCCCGGGCCAGGUGCUUCUUGUCACCACAGACUUAACCAAAAACUUCCGCGGUGCCUGGCCAAUUAUUACAUCACGGUUUCCAAUAAUAACCACGGCAGGUUGCCCGAUUGAAGGACUUCGAAUGAUACCCAGCACCAUCUUGGCGCAGGACAGGAUACUCGGUAUGGUAAAGCGUUCCUUCAAAUUGUAUGAGCUCUGGAAUCGGCUUGUGCAGAACAAUGAAGCGCUCAAAUGCAUUCAGUUACCUUAUUCAUCUCCGGACAAAAACGGAACCAUGGAUGCCAGAGAGAUCAUGAGUGCUCUAGAAAAGUUAAGAGGGUGCAGAGAUAAAUUGGAAGAAUGCGUUCGUUCAAAAACAGUGUCUACGGACUCGGAAACCAAAGAUAUUGUUCUUGAUGAGUCUUUCUGGGACAUCGUAAAUCUCAGUGUUCAGAUGUGGGACAUCAUCUAUGUCUGUAUAUCCAAAUUGGAAGAAGAAACAGCGCGGUUGUCGGACGUUGUCGUGGAAACCAUGAGGGCCGACAAACUGCUGGCAGAGGCUCUUGGGGACUCAUGCUUAGAAGCAAAAGAGAAGGGACCCAUUCUCCAACAGUCGUAUGAAGUUCAACGGAACUGUUGGACCCACCUUCAUUAUGCCGCCUGCCUUGUAGAUCCGAGAUACUGUGGGAAAUGCUUGCCCGAGACCGCCACCAACGAUGCCAUUCAGUACAUUGUAGAGUUAGCCAAGAAUCUUGGACAAGACGCUGGUCGCAUUCUUGCAAGCCUUGCUGAGUUCCGUGCAAAAGAAGGACGUCUUUGGUCGCAGGAGUACGUCUGGGAAGCUUCCUCACAUGUGGCCCCGGCGACAUGGUGGAAGGGGAUCUGCGAUACGCAACCGCUCUCCCAGAUCGCCUCAGGGAUUCUCAGUCUAGCUGUAACCUCGUCGACAACGGAGACAUUUUCGUAUCGCCGCGAGGAGAACUUAACAUCUGAUCAGGCGCAGAAGUUUAUGUUUGUUCGCGCUAAUAGUCAAGUGAUGACGACCCCUAAUAAUCAUCCCGAUAUGAUCAUGGUACCAGGUGGAUAUUAGAUCUUGAUCAUCUUUAAAGACGAGUUAACUUUUCCAAUAUUGUACUGAAUGGCAUCGUUUGUCUUUUCCGCCUUGGUAUUUUGCCCCUCUGUUGUUAUUGAUAGAGGUAGGGUUAGGGGCGGGCUUUCAUGUCAUUUGCCCACUUCUUGUUUGAAUUUGGCAAAGUAUUUGAUUUGUGGAUAACUGAAUUUCCUGCUACCUGUGUAGUUAUUCGGUCAAGAGUAUAUUAUUAACUUAUAAGCUAUCGGUGAUAUUACAUUGUGAUCAUUUGAUCAUUUGAACUGACAACAAAAAGACAUGCAACAAAUUCCCAAAUCCCAGGUUGUCCGAAAAUCCACGGAUAUUCAUAAUCUCCGUACUCAAAACCGUAUGCUACCGUCAACGAAUCCCGUAUGAACUUUUUUUUAAUACAAUUCAUUGCUAUAUAAAAAUCGUUCGUCCGGCGUCCGUAAAUGUAUUUGUGACCGUAGCAUAUUA